AUGGGUCUCUGGGAAGGCAAAGACGACAAGAAAACCCUGAACAAGGAACUCUUCCUCGGUCACAUGGAGAAGCACUGGCUCGACUGGGCUGCAGAGAAGCUGUCGCGAAAGGAGAAGCAAGCCUGGGUGGGAAUCACCGAGAUUGUCUACAAAGGCAAAGUCAAGGCCAUGACCGACCUUCCCGAGCCCGACACUUGGGCCGAAGUGACCACGUACAAGGUCCUUUUCCCCAAGGAGUUCUUCUACUCUCGAUACGCUGCCGUUGCCCAGAUCAAGUUCCCGCAGGCCGAUCUCGCGAAAUGGGAGCCCAAUGUGAGCGGGCCUACGACUACCCACGCGUUCCAGUUGAAUCGCUUCAUCAAGCAGAAGAGACUGGGAGAGUGUUUCAGACAGGCUACGGAGCUCUCCAAGCGUGCCUGGACCCCCGAGCCGACUCAGAGCGUGUAUCCUCUUGCCAAGGAAGCUCCCGUUGGAACUGACCCGGGGGGCAAGAUGGAAGGGCCUCUCAUUUCAAAGCCAGAGGAUGUUCUCAAGGUCUUUUCCAACAUUGAACAGCAGCUUGCCUCGGUUCGCGCGGCGACGGAAGUCAACACCAAUAUCCACCAGCACGCCGUCAAUGAGUUGCGCCAGUCUCACGAGCAAGAGCUGAAGAAAGUCCAGAAGUACGCUGACGAUACCAUCAAGUCUGUUCGCGAGAGUCACCGAAAGGAGAUGGAGGACGCUCAGAAGGCUCAUGAGGAAGAGCUCAUCAAGGUUCGCGACACCUACCAGGCAGCCAUCUCGACCCUCAACAAUGCAUGCCUCGAUGGGAUUACCGCGCUUGAGAAGGCACGUCAGAAGGCUCACAAGGUCUGCCUCGAUGGAGCUAAGUAG